GACCAUAUAAUUUGACCUCUACCCCUUAAUGGUUCCUUACUUCACAUGAUCUAUUGUAAAUAUGUUCUCUGAAUGUAGAUAUUCGAAAUUUAGAUUGUCUCAGUGAUUAAAAAUGUUCCAUAUCUCCAGUGAUGUUUAAGUAAGAGGACAGUUACCAAAGAUUUUCAUUUUUAUCCCUUUCGAAGUUGAGAUUUUGAAGAUCGAAAAUGAUUCAACUGAAUUUAGCUUUCUUUGUUUUCGGAACAUUAUUUUGUGUUACGUCGUCUUAUUAUGACUUUCCGAAUCGUCGUAAAUCUUGUAGAGAAGAGAAAAGAAUAUCUGGAGAAGUGUCUAGUACUGCAGUACCUGAUUACAGAGAUAUUCUUGAAGAAUGCAUAGAUAUACAUGUACCACCAAAUCAAUUUAUACGAUUGAAUAUUUUAGAGCUUACAUUUCAAUUUACGGAGUGCACAAACAACAAGCUAGAAAUCACUAGCAAAGAAUCUACCGAUAACUAUAUUUUCUGCGAGAAAGACAAAAUUGGAAACCCUAUUACUGCUGUAACUGACGUUCGUGUUUAUUUUAUUGGUAAACGAAAGAUUGACUAUCGCUCGCAAUAUCUUGAUCCGAGCUUCAAACUGAAAUUCACUAUUAGUAAGUAUAGUUUUUUCGCACCUAAAUUAUGCUUAAAAAAAUAUAAAAUAAAGAUAACAAUUAGAAACAGCUUGAAC